AGACAACGAAGUUUUUAGCCAAAAUUAAUUUAUUGACGUUGUUUUUUUCCAACAUCAUCUUCAUCAACAGGCUAGUUUUAAAGUCUCACCUGGAUAAUCUAGUACAUAACAAGAUCUUUAGUACAAUUUAUACUUUCUCCCACCACUACUACUAACACAGAAAAGAUACGGAAAAGAUGGCUCAAGCUGAUCAAGUCUCUGCACCACCUGCAGCCAGUGAUGACAAUAGAAUGGAAGAUGAAACAAACAAUAUAUCAGGAGCUCCUGUUGCUGCUGCCUCUACAACAAUGGACUCUGAACUUACAUCAUCUAGUGAUGCCACUACACUUGAUGAAAAAGUUAAUCAUAUCAAGGAAUUACUACUUAAACACCCUGGAGUACCUUCACAAGAAGGAGAAACAUGGUAUGUCAUUGAUGCUAAAUGGGUAGCAGCGUUUUUCGAUGAAGCAGCAAAAAUCUCUCCAGGUACUAUUGACAACACUCACCUUGUCGAUGAAACAUCGGAUGGUAUCUAUAGAGUUAAAGACGAAGUACAAGAACAACAAGAUUAUGAAAUUAUACCUGAACAUAUUUGGAAUCUUUUUCACUCAUGGUUUGGAGGUGGUCCUGCUAUUCCUAGAAAAUCUGUUAUACAAAACCCUGAAGCCUACAGAAUUUCAUACACUGUUGAAGUAAGACCUUGUGAAAUUAGUGUUGCUCUACAAACAACAUCAAAUCAACUGGAUUGGGUUGACUUUGAAUUCUCCAAAAAUGCCACCAUCAAGCAAGUCAUGGAUCAAGUUAAAAGAGAGUUUAAUAUUCAAAGCAGAGAAUGUAAAUUAUGGAAAACAAUUUACAAUUCUCCUCACGAGGAAGUUGAUUUAUCAGUUGUUGAGGAUCAAACUUUGGAAAAUGCUCUUGAACGAAAAACUGGUCAAAGAUUUAUUGUUGAAGUUGGUCCAAAUUGGAUUAUUGAACCUCCAGUUGCUGAAUCAUAUAAUGCCAUUAGAUCCAUGACAAAUAACAAGGUUCAAAUUAGUGGAACAACAGCACAACAAAAGAAGAGAUACGAUAGUGCACCUCCAGGAGUAUGUGGUUUGAGUAAUCUCGGUAAUACUUGUUUCAUGAACAGUGGUCUUCAAUGUUUGACUCACUCACCUGUUCUCUAUAGAUACUUUUUGGAAAAUGACUAUUCAAAAGAAAUCAACGAAACUAAUCCAUUAGGUAUGGGUGGUGCUGUAGCUCUUGCAUUUGGUGCUUUAAUGAAAGAAAUGUGGUCAGGAGAAAAUUCAUAUUUCUCUCCAAAUGAUUUUAAACGUGUCAUUGGUAAAUAUGCCCCUCAAUUUGCAGGCUACCAACAACAAGAUUCUCAAGAAUUGAUUUCAUUCAUUUUGGAUGGUUUACAUGAAGAUUUGAAUAGAAUUCAAAAGAAACCAGCCACAAAUCCAGUUGAAGCUAAGGGUAGAGAGGAUUCUGUUGUUGCUCAAGAAUCUUGGGAUGUUCACAAAUUACGUAAUGAUUCUAUUAUUGUUGACAAAUUCCAAGGUCAAUUGAAGUCAACACUUCAUUGUCCAAAAUGUGAUAAUUUUUCUAUUAUUUUUGAUCCUUUCAUGUAUUUGUCAUUACCAAUCCCAAUUGAAAAGAACAGAUUGAUUAAUGUUAUGGUAUUUUCCAAUUCUACCUUCCCUAAUGAAGUUGAGUCAACUCUUGAUUCUGAUCUUUCAAAGCUUAGCAACAUGCCAACCAGACUCACAUGUAAAGUUUCCAAGACUGGUUCAGUCUCUCAACUCAGAGAUAAUGUUUUGGAACUUUUGGGCUUGAACACAAACGAAGAUCAUGAUAGAUGCGUAUUGUACGAAAUUUUCAGCAACAAGGUCUACAAGUAUCUUUCUGAUGGUGACUCUAUUUCAGGUAUUCUAGAUGCAGACAUUAUUCACUGUCAAAUUUUGCCAAAGGCAUCCGAAGUAAUCGUUUCCAACUUUGUAACAUCUGGAAAGGCAGUUGAAAAAUUGAAUAAUCUUCCUAAGAAUGUUCACUCAUUGUACAGACAAACCUAUUCCAACACUCAACAACAAUUGCCAUUCUUGCAAGUCAGCUUGUCCUCUCACACUGCAAAUCAAUAUGGUAGAAAGUCCUUCCAAAUUAUUGGUACACCUUUUGUUGUUCCUUUGGGACAAAUUUUCGAGGAAAAGAAGGAAGAUAAAGAAGUCAGUGUUCCAACUCAUGAAGAUCUCUACGAAUAUUGUUUCCAAUACAUGCUUAGAUAUGUUAAGGAUGAAUUUGCUGCAGAAAUCGAACAAACUAUGAAGGAACGUAAUUUAACUUUCAAAGACUUCUUGCCAUCUAAAGAAAAGCUUGAAGCCUUGAAGUCUGGAGAAAAUGUUGAAGAAAAUAUCUCCAUAUUCUAUUUAUUCGACCAAGAAGGAGGCAGACUUGAGGUCAAUGAUCGUAGUUUUGAUGGUGCCUUACUUUGUGAUGAAACUGAAUUCAAGCCUUACGCUCCAAAAUAUAGCAGUGCUAGAACUGAAAAGAAGUCGAUCUUUAUGCACAUUCCAGCCUUCUUCCACGACAAGAUGUUGGAUUAUGAAAAGCUUCCUAGAUUCAAGGAACACCCAUCAACCAAGCAAAAGAUUUCUCAAAGUGAAGCCAUCAAUAUUUAUCAAUGUUUGGAUUUGUAUACAUCAAAGGAAAAGCUUGGAGCAAACGAUACUUGGUACUGUCCAAGCUGCAAGGAACAUGUAGAAGCAACUAAGAAAUUUGAUAUUUGGAAAGCUCCUGAUGUUUUGGUUGUUCAUUUAAAGAGAUUCUCCUUCUCUUCCUAUAGUAGAGACAAGAUUGAUCGUUUUAUUGAUUAUCCAAUCCAAGAUUUAGAUAUUAGUUCCUUUGUUCAUUGUAAAGAUUUGAAUUUGAAGUAUGAUUUGUUUGCUGUCUCUGAUCACUUUGGUGGUUUGGGUGGAGGUCACUAUACUGCAUGUGCUAAGAAUCAUAUUGAUGGAAAGUGGUACAAAUUUGAUGAUUCUCGUUCUUCUGAAGUGCACAAUCCAGAAUCAAUCAAAGCCUCUUCUAACUAUGUUUUGUUCUACAUUAGAAAGGAAUAAUUAUAUUAAACUUUUAAAAUUGAAUAAUGAC